AACGGUGAAGAGAAAAAAAAAUGCAAUUCAAGUGAAACAUACAUACAGUGUUUUGAGUUCGAUAAGCUGCAGAUCACAACAGUGUCGAAAUCGAUUGACUAGAUUGAUACACGGAAAUUGAUUUGAUUCUACACAUAUAACACGUACGAGACAUAUUCACUUCCUGGAUUGGUACACAUAUUUUCAGUUGCAUUGAGCCGUACAUCACUUUUCUGCAUCUCGUUGCGAUUCGAACGCCGUGCGCGCGCUCACACGUUCACGCUCACGCAUACACGUCUUGCGACAAUAUAACCCAGCAUUAAAAAGGGAAGAAAAAAAACAUCAAUUGCGUUGUACUUCGAACUCCCCGAGAUAAAGAGAAGAAAAACCGGUCAGAAUGCGUGUGCGCGAUGAACAAAGUCUCGAAACAACAUCCAAAGUGAUCAAUGCGGAAUUUCAGAAGGCACGCUGGUGUCUUCGUCCCGACACCAACAACAAUGACACCAAUAAUAAUGAAUUACUCACUGGCGAUGACUUAUCCAUUGAUCGAUCAUCCAUCAAAUCGUUUUAUCGCAAUGCCUGCAUUCUGGUCACUGGUGGCACCGGUUUCGUUGGCAAAGUCUUACUCGAAAAAUUGCUGAGAACGUGCGACUCGUUGCAAUGCAUUUACGUGCUGCUGCGCUCAAAACGUGAACUAAGUAGUGAAGAAAGAUACCAUGAACUCAUUCGGAAUCCGGUAUUUGAUCGAAUUCGUGAAUCGUAUCCGGAGCGGCUGCAAAAAAUCAUAUUCAUUGCCGGUGACAUUUCGAAAGCAAAUAUCGGCGUUUCCAAUGCCGAUCUGCAAAUGCUCAAGGAGAAUGUGAACAUUGUUUUCCAUUCGGCGGCAACCGUGCGAUUCGAUCAGAGCAUAAAGGAAGCGGUCAAUUUGAAUACGCUUGGCAGUAUGCGACUUUGGGAUUUAUGUGCUCAAAUGCAAAAACUACGUAGCAUCAUACACGUAUCGACUGCGUACACCAAUCCAACAUGUUCGAAUGUAGGUGAACAAGUAUACCCGCCAAAAGUGGCUAUGGAUUUGAAUACGUUCAUUAAAUGCGCCGAUGCAUUGCCAGAAGAUUUGGUUGUUAAAAUUGCCACUCAUUUACAAGGGAGUCAUCCGAAUACAUACACAAUCACAAAAUCGAUGGCUGAACAAAUGGCAACGGAAUAUCACCACAAAUUACCCAUAACAAUCGUACGGCCAUCGAUAGUAACCUGUUCAUUAGCGGAGCCAUAUCCUGGAUGGGUUGAUAAUGUGAACGGAAUAACUGGCAUCAUUAUGGAAAUUGGACGUGGAACGCUGAGCAGCAUCAUGUGCGACAAUCGACUGGUGCUCGAUGUCAUUCCCGUCGACAUCGCGUGCAAUAUGAUUAUAACAGCCGCUUGGCUAAGCUACUUUAAGCCAAGCCCAAACAUUCGUGUGUACAACUGUAUAUCGGGUCAGUUGAACCGAUUGGAUUGGGAGACGUGUCGUCGAAAAGUGUUAAAAUAUUCACGUAUUUAUCCUAGCAAAUAUGUAAUGAUGUAUCCGAAUUUUUCAUAUCGAACCAAUCGAUUCGUACACCUUUUCUAUGAGAUUUUUUUGCACUUUUUGCCGGCCUAUUUGUACGAUUUCAUACUUCGGUACAAGGGAAUGAAACCGAUCAUGUUCAAAAUUGCCAGACGAUACAAAACGGCUGCGGAUACUGGGGAAUUUUUUGCAAUGCAUGAAUAUAAUUUCGCCGUGGAAAAUGUAAAAGAUUUAUUGCAUGAGAUUUCGAAUGCGGACGAUGGAGAUGAAUUUAAGUGUGAUGUCAAGCAGCUGGAUUGGGAUGAAUAUUUGAAGAGCUAUGUGUGUGGUAUUCGAAAAUACAUUCUCAAAGAUGAUGAUUCCACCUUGGAACGAUCACGUCGCACCCUUAAAAGAUUGUACGCGCUCAAGCUUAUCCUACAAACCUUAUUUUUCGGCACAAUUGGAUUUAUCAUUUACAAAAUACUUUUCUAAAAGCACUAAAAAAAAUACUCUCAGCAUUCUCUUAUUCAAAAAUGUCUUCUAAACGCGAAU